AGACUUUGAUAUUUCUGUCUGAAGAAAACGCGAGAAACUGCGAGCAAAUUUCAGAAAAUUAUAAGGAGUAGAGCGCUUGCGAUCAAGAUUUCCAAGUGUUGUGUUUGUUGGCAUGAUUUUGAAGCAAAAAUGGUAGCGGAGGCUGAGGUUGUGUGUCAACAGAGGGUUCCAGUGCUGGACGUUCAAUAUUAUGCAAGAGAAAACAAUAUCGAGGACGUGGUGGCAAUUUCGACGUCUCUUUCCUCUCCGAGUUUUGAUCCGAUUUGCGCUUCGGAUUCGGUUUCGGCUGAUUCAUCCGGCACUCAAGUGGAUAUAAAAUCUCCUGAGAAAAAUCCAGACGCUACUCUUGAAUCUGCUAUUGUGCAAUUUGUCCCUUGCAUCCGAUCUGGUAGCUUUGCUGACAUUGGACCAAGGAGGUACAUGGAAGAUGAGCAUAUAAGGAUAGAUGAUCUAUCUAUGCACUUGGGUUCAGUCUCUAGGCUCCCGAACCCAUGUGCUUUUUAUGGGGUAUUUGAUGGUCAUGGAGGACCUGAAGCUGCAGCUUAUGUCAGAAAAAAUGUGGACAGAUUUUUCUUUGAAGAUGCUAACUUUCCUCGCACAUCUGAAGUUAAUGAUGUUUUCUUGGAGAGGGUUGAAAAUUCUGUCCGGAAGGCAUUUCUUCAGGCUGAUUUAGCUUUGGCAGAUGAUAGUGGCGUGAGCAGUUCUUCUGGGACAACAGCACUUACUGCUCUGAUAUUUGGGAGAACUCUAAUGGUUGCCAAUGCUGGUGAUUGCCGGGCAGUUCUUUGUCGAAAAGGUCAGGCAGUAGACAUGUCUCAAGACCAUAGACCUAGUUACCCAUUAGAACGGAAGCGUGUUGAGGAAUUGGGAGGUUUUGUUGAUGGUGAUGUUGAUGGUGGUGAGUAUCUCAAUGGGGUUUUAUCAGUAACCCGAGCACUGGGGGACUGGGAUAUGAAGUUCCCCCGGGGCUCUGCAUCACCGCUCAUUGCAGAGCCAGAAUUCAGGCAGGUGGUAUUAACAGAGGAGGACGAAUUCCUCAUCAUAGGGUGUGAUGGUAUUUGGGAUAAGAUGUCUAGUCAGGAGGCAGUUAGCCUUGUGCGUCGUGGCCUACAGCGGCAUGAUGACCCAGAGCAGUCUGCAAGGGACCUUGUCAUGGAGGCUCUGCGCCUCAACACAUUUGACAAUGUCACUGUUAUUGUCAUUUGUUUUUCUUCUCCUGAUCAGUUUGAACCAACACCUCCACGACAACGCAGAUUCAGGUGCUGCAACAUCUCCAUGGAGGCCCUUUGCAGUUUGAGGAGCUUAUUGGACAACAAUGGCAACCGAUGAUGGAUGUACAUAUAAUUAUUUGAAUAAAACCUCUCUUGUCAGGAGGGGUAUACUGUUUGUAGCUGCUUCAGUUUAAUGCUCGAAAAAGCAGCUAGCAGUUUUGUAGGUGCUGGUGUUUAGCUCUGGCCGGUGAGUUUUUCUGGGUCAUGUAUAUAACGAGUGGAAGGUUGGGGGUAAAUAAAGUUAGAUUUAUUGUUGUCUGCUAAGUCAUUAUGGAUUAUUUUUGGCAUCAAGUCCAGAGUGACCAGUGACCAUCCAUUUGUUCCAUGUGUAUAAUGAUCUCUAUGUUCACAUUCAAUGACAGAAUUUGACAUCUAUUCUCUACA